UGUCACUCUGUGUGGGACCUCCCUAUCUCAGCCUGCCCUUUUAUCUUGUUGCCUUGGGGUUGUUGGGCAGUUUAAGCUGGGGAAACAACGCAGGUUGCAAAAGAAUGAAAAUUUCUUAACCAGAAAAGCAAAGCCGAAGGAGAGAAUGCAAGAAAACGCUUAAGUCCCUCUGUGUACGUUGGGUAUUUAAUAUAUCCCACUAAAAUACCCCUGACUUUAAAAACUGGAGUAAUGAACAGUUUGUCAACCUAACAUUAAAGAAUAAAAAGUGAAAUACUGAGCUCUUUGUCCUUUUUAAAAAUAGAAGUCUACACAGCUGAACUAUAAUGUUGUGUUAGAACCUUUAAACAUUAUCCUAUAAGUUUAGAACUGGUCAUCAAGAAUAAGACAAACCAUGGUCUCCAGAAGCUUGCUGUACUUUCCUAGAGAAGAGCAGAGAGAAAAGGAAUGUAUCUCUUGAUCUCUCUCUGAGUCACGUAUGCCAAGUUCAGCCCAGCCUGUGAUGUCUGUACACAACAGGAGAUACUGGCCAAGGAUUCUGGAAGCCCAGCAAAUGGUUAUUUAGAAACCAAUAUCAUACAGUCUCUAAGUGGACUCUUCUGCUUUUAAAAUUGUAUGAUAUCAGUGUUAUCUUGAACCUGUGAUGCAUUUUUUUAAAUUAUUUUCUAUCUUGGAUCUAAUAUAGCCUUGAAAAAUAACACUUUUCUAUGUAUCCAGUUUUGUUAUGCUGAUAACAUUCAUUGCAAGUGCAUUUUGAAAACAGACAAAAGAGGGCAUUAUUUUAUUUAUUGGGCCUCUUCGCUGACGUGUUAUACCAAACUAAUGUAGAUUUUUAAAUAUCCAAUAAUAGCAGUUUAAAAAAAAAAAAACACGUGUCUGUCUCCUAGUCUGUUUGCUUUUAAGUAAGGGGAUCUCGGCCAGUAUUUGUGCAAGAGGAAGAACACAGAACAUUUUUUUAUUGUCACCAUGAAGGCUGGCAUUUCUUUCAUUCAUUGACUCAUUCAUUCAACCAAUAUGUACUGAGUGCCUUCUGUGGCCAAACCCUAUGCUGUUGACUGUGAUAAACAAGGUCCCCACCAGUGAGAUUUUCCUAGUCUUGAUUGGACUCAAGCUGCCUGGCAUAGACUGCGUUUUCUUUGUUCACAUAUACAAACAGCAAACUGCAAUUUCCAGGAUCCAUCCUUGGAGUGAAAGUGGCUGGAGACCAUCUAAUCCAGACAUUCUCCUCAUGGGCUGGGAGUGGGGAGGCAUCAGAAUCACUUGGGAAGGAUUUUAAACCAUGUGCCUGAGCCCACCGAAGGAGAAAGGCAAUCUAAUUCAUUAGGUCACCUGAGUCCUGGGAAACUUUUUUCUCCUUUUUAUUUUAAGCUCCCUAUCUGACUUUGCCACACACCCCUCCCUGCUUGAGAGACACUUUUGGGGCUCAUUCCUCUUAUUUUCUAGAAGAAAAGUACCUGGAGAAACCAAGGAGGGUUACACCAGCCCAGGACUUAAACCCAAGUCUGGCUUCUGUUACAGGGCGCUGUGUGUGGUGCCCUGCUGCUUCCCAGGGUUCUGAAUGUAGAAGCCUACGCCAGGGCCUGACAUUGAGACUGACGGGACUUGGUGCCCAAGAAGAGAAGGCCUGAAAGAAGGAAGAGCCCAUGGGACCUGCUGUGUUUUCCACUCCCGUCUGCAGCUCCACGGCUCCAGGCAGGAAGUAAGAAGAGUGCCCCAGUGGCAGCAGAUGCUGGCUGUGACUUCAGUUCACAGCCUCACAGUGGGGUAGCAGAAAACAAAGAAUCUAGGUUAGACACCAGCUGACCAACUCGAUGCCCUUACAAAAGCUGCAUAGCUUCUCCAGAACCGUCACCUCCCAAGAAGCAGAUAAGUGAAGGUGUCCUUUGAGGAGUAUCGAGUGUUGCCUGGAAUAUCAGAGAAUUGGAAACAAUUAUAUUUUGGGAUUAUGCACCUUUUGUGGUGGCAUAUAAGAUAAUUAAGUAUGCUCCCAGGAAGUAGCUGCCUCUCUGCCAAUCACAAAGUAUAUUGAAGGAUGUGUCCAAAGGAUCUUAUCAUGUGAAAUCCUUCUGGAUCUCAAUGGACUCUUUUUAGAAAUGCAAAUAAAGAAAAUGAAGGAUAUUGGACAGCAGUUAUAUACUCCGCAAGUGAAUGACGGACAUAAUUCUUUGACCAUGUCACCCAAACAACCUAAUGCUAGUAGAGCAACUCGACCAGAUAGACAAGAAGCUCAGACUCUUUUGUAUCAAGGCUCAGAGGCAGAGGCUGCCAUGAUGACCGUUGCUACAUGUGUAAAGUGCAAAAGUGUGCACAAAAUCCCUCUUCAAGAUUUGAAAAAGGGUACUGGGCAAAGCCAAAAGGAAGACAGAUAUGUUUGCUUCAAAUGCAGCCUUGGUGUGGCUCCUCCCCACUUUCAUUGUGUGAACAGUAAUCCCAGUGCUACUCAUGUAGGAAAUAAAACUGAAACCAUCGCAAGUUCUGUGAAUAACAAAUUUAAGGUAAGGAACUUUAAGCCAGGCAAAUACUAUUGUGAUAAAUGUCGAUUUUCCACAAAAGACCCUCUGCAGUACAAAAAGCACACACUUCAACAUGAAGAGAUUAAAUUCAUUUGUUCUCACUGCAGCUACAUUUCCUACACAAAAGGGGAGUUUCAGAGGCACUUGGUGAAACAUACAGGCAUAUUCCCUUAUCAAUGUGAGUAUUGUGACUAUGGUGCUAUUAGAAAUGAUUAUAUUGUCAAACACAGGAAGAGAGUACAUGAGAGGGCUAGCGGAAAACGGCCGCCCAGAACUGGGGCCAAGCUGGAGCCGAAAAGAACCAGCACAUCAAAGCAAAACCCGGAGCUCGGAAAAACUUCCCAUCCGAGGACGACCUUUCAAAAUAAGUUGUCUGAUCAACUCUCAAGGUUCUCCCUCCACACAAACAGAGACAAAAUGCACAACAUCAUGUUGUUACCGGAAUCAAAGGAAUACCAAAAAGAUGUAGUGUGUAUUCCCAAUAGAGUGCCCCUUCCGGAGCCAAGUGAAGUCAGUCUGUUUGAGAACAAAAGUGUGGAGGUGGAAGUGUUGUCCCCCUCGCAGGAGCCUGUUCAGCCCGGAAUGCCGCUGACAGUCGUGGCCCCAGCAGAGCUGGUCGUCCCUGCAAACUGUUUAGCCCAGUUGAUAGAUGUGAAGAUUGUCAACGGAACACAGCAGCUUGUUCUGAAGCUGUUUCCUCUGGAAGAAAAUAAUUGCCUUAAAGCUGGUAGGGGUGAUGGAGGUAAUUCCAAGCAUAUGACUAAAGAGAAGGGUCCAAAUGAACAGGAAAAAAUGGUUUCUGUGGAACAAACAAAGUCACUGAUGAUUGAAGGGAAUGUUGGAAAACUUGCAGGCAUUGAUAAUCUUCAAUCCUCAGUUCCGAAACAACUUAAGAAUGUGAAAUGGGUAAGGUCUUAUGAUUUUUUCAUGUCAAAUUCGGGUGUGCACAACUGUGGAGAAUCCCUUCUCAACUCCGAUACGGCUGAGGAUUGGCAGAAAAAAAGGAAUCUCUGUGCACACAGAACUGCUCUUCCUUCUGUGGCCUUAAAAGGCACUUCUCCAUCCCCUGUAGCAAAAAACAGUGUUUUAUGUGGUCUUGGAACUGCAUCAAACCCUUUUCCGUAUAAGGCUGCUGUUUCUUUUACUGAAGAUGGAAGAAAUUUACACAGUAACUCACAGCGUUUAUUUCCUCUUGCUGCAUCGCCUGCAGCCAUUUCCUUCUCUGGAGAAAAGGGUUUAUUGCCCAUCAGUAAAACUGACUUGGGAACUAGAAAUGAGAUCAGUAUUCCUAUAAAAAUGGUUCCCUCUACUAGGAAGCUGAAAGACAACCAGACAGAGGAACACAAAGCAGUUUCAAAUAUAGGCCAGAUUUCCUCUCAACAUGCAAGUGAGUAUCUACACAUAAACAUAACGGGAGAAGACAGAAUCAGGUCUCAGCAGCCUGGGGAUAAACCUUUGGAAUUAAAGAAUUCUGAAAGGACUAAUAACCCUUUCGAUGGCCCAGUCAUCUCUUCAGUGUUUUCUCUGAGCUCUGGAUCUGAAAAUGUCCCUGAGGGCGUUAAGUGGAAUAGUUCAACGUCAAAAAUAAAGUCAAUUGAACUCUUGCGCAGAAAGAUAGCUCAGUUAAUUGAAUCCUGUGGCAAGCCUUCAUCUUUGGCUGCAAAUAGUACACAUCGUCGUUCUGCAGGGCAGCCAUCAAAGGUAGCUUCGAAAGCUACCCCUGAAGAUAUUCAGCAAAUUAAUGUGUCAUUUCCUGGCACUGACUGUUCCACGGGCACUCUCCAAAAACCUCAGGAUGACAGUGGUGUUAAUAGACAGAUUACUCGUCAGCAAAUAUAUCCACCGUUUGUAGAAGGCAGCAGUGGGAAAACUGAAAGCAGAGUAGCCAGGAAGGCUCAUGUCGCUACUCCAGUGUUGAUCCCCAAAGGGGCUGUGUUGAGGGUUCUUAAUUCCUCUGAGGAUGCCCACAUUAUAGAGGCUACAUGUGAAGCGCCUGUGAGCAUUCCUUGCCAUGAGACACAGUUGUUAAAACCUCUUCCUUUCUGCCCAGUGAAACAGACAGACUCAGACUUACAGUCUUUGACAAGUGAAAGUGGGCCAAUUGACAUGUCCCAAAGUCUUGACACAUCUCUUCGGCCUAAACCAAGAAAAGAGAGUGCUACUUGUAGCACCGCCCCUAAAAAACUUGGCCCCCUGCACGGACAGCAGGGAAGCAGUGAAUUGAGUAAGCAAGGGAAACUGCUUUCCAGAAGUGUUCCUAUAAGUAGAAAUAAAACCAAACAAGUAAACUCAUCCAAGAAGAAAAGCAAAGUUCAGGCCGACCCCAGCCGAUGUCUCAAGGAUCCUUCCAUUUUUCAGGUUGCAAGACAACUUCGACUGAUAGCAGCUAAACCAGACCAGUUGAUUAAAUGCCCCCGCCGGAACCAGCCUGUCAUUGUGUUAAACCACCCUGACGUUGACUCACCGGAAGUGACCAAUGUGAUGAAGGUAAUAAACAAGUACAAGGGCAACGUCCUCAAAGUCGUCUUGUCCGAGAGGACUCGGUGUCAGUUAGGCAUCCGACGGCAUCACGUUCGGCUGACCUACCAGAACGCGGAGGAAGCCAGUCAGAUAAAAAGGCAGAUGAUGUUGAAAAUGAAACUUAAAAAAGUUCACAGAAACAACUACCAGGUGGUGGAUUCCUUGCCUGAUGAUUCAGCACAAUGUAUAUUUAAGUGCUGGUUUUGUGGGCGGCUGUAUGAAGACCAGGAAGAGUGGAUGAGUCAUGGCCAACGACAUUUGAUAGAAGCAACUAGAGAUUGGGAUGUUCUUUCUUCCAAGGGCAAAUAAGUGAAAAAUUGGUCUUCGAAGCAAAUUGUUUUUCUUACUUUUAGUUUAUCCUGGUUUGGAUUUUUUCUUCCUCCGUGACUCAAUAGGAGAAGUACAGAUUGUAGGAAUGGGAGGAUCAUUAAUUCUUAAGAUCCCUUGUAGGAAUGUUGAGAGCCAGGAGUCUUAACCUGAGAUAUUAAUCGUGACUGGACCUGGAAGGUAUUUGAAGCCCCUGAAAUAAUACGCACAAAUUUAUGUACAUGCAUUUUUCUUAAGAAGUGAAACUUGCAACAGAUUUUCAGUAGGAUCUGAGACUUUGCUUCGUUUAGCAACCUUUCUCUGAGUAGAUACAAAUCUUUUGUAUUCCAUGCAGAGGGGCAAGUUGGGAGUGUUUCACACAUGCUCUUCGUAUUAACAAAAUGCUACUGAAGAAGUAAACCCAUGUCUUGGUGUGCACAUCCAUUUUUUUUUUGCAUUACCUUGUCUGAAUAUUUAGUACAUAAUGAAAAUUAUAUUUUCUACUUUAUUUGUUAAAUUUGGUUAUAGAAAAGUGGCCAUUCUUUUAAAUCCCUCACCCACUCUGUAAUACUCGCACGUGUUCUAUGGAGCGGAGGCUUACAUUGGCAAUCUUAAAGAAUGAUUCCAAGGGUUGAAUUGACUACUUCAACAGCGGGUGUUAGGGGAAGAAAGAAAACAUUUUUGAGUUUUUCCUUUCUUUUUAAAUAUCUUAAUUUAUGACAAUUGGGGAGGGAAUGUGCCUUUUUGCAAAAAAGAAGAAAUGGUCACAGAUGGAAAGUAUCUAAAAUUAAGUCUCCUGUUUGCUCUUACCGCUCGCACAAACAUAAAGUAACCAAUUUCAAAUGUGAACAAACAGGCUUCUUACAACGCAGAUAAAACUUGGGAAAGCAACUCAAGGUAGGAUUAUAAAGAAAGGGUGACUUGAACGUCAUGUUAGUUUUCGUUGGGAGCCGUCCACAGCCCAUGGGUGAGGCUGCACGCUCUCUCCACCCCUUAGGGCCCAGACACUGCUCCCAGGCCAUGUUCUCCUCUCCCUUGGCCGUUCUUCUGAACAGGCCCUCCUGUUCUGCGCCUCUCCUCACUUCCUGUCCUUUUCUUUUGUGCCGUUGAGGCCCCUUAGGUUUUCCCUCAUGAACAUACUGAAAACGGACAGAAUCGACAAAAUAGAGCCAUCCCACCAUCUUUGUUAAGGUUAUAGGAACACUGUCCCGGGUUUCCAUCAACAGGAACACUCUGCCUCUAAUUUAUCUUAGCUGCUGUCAUGCUUUCCCUGUUACUCACCUUUCCUAGGAAGCACUCCAGGAACGCUCCUGCUCCCCCUCCACCAGCAGUCAGGGCUGGUGCUGGUCUACAGCGCCGUUGUGUGCGUUAGAAAAAACCCGCCCUCUGCACCAUGGUGGCUUCGUGGGCAGAGAGGUGGCCUGGCAAAUGCAGCUCAGACUGGUUUUAGUCCUCGCUUGCCCACUCUGCUGGGCACCGCCCUUUGUGCAGAACACAAAUGGCGCAGCCACAAGGCAGCCCGGACUCUGUGUUCUUCCCUUUAAGGGCUGCGCCUUCCUUAGGGAGUUUAUUAGUGCAGUGAAUGAAACUGGGGGCUGUCACAUCGUCGCAAACAGACAGUGUGAUUUCUAUUGUGUUGGGUAGUCAGUUGGAGACUUCCUGAUUUUUCUCCCACAUGGGAAAGUCUUAGAUUAUCCUCAGUUAAGUGGGACUGUAAUUCUUGAUAGUUGGUUCUCAUUACAGAUAACAUUUGUUAUGUAUAAUUCAAUACAUGACCAUUAAGUUGAUUAAUUGGUUAAUUUUUAUUGAAAUUUAAAACUUGGAUUUUUUUAUGUGUGUGUACACAUAUAAAUAUUUUUUACCAUAUGAAAACUGUAGUAGCUAAUUUUCUGAUUUCCUAUUUUAUAAUAAAAUUAUGUGGGCUGGAAAAAUAUAAAACUUUUUAUAUUCUAGAAAGAAAUUAUUUUGGAAGUACAUUUUUAUAAUGGUCUGAUCUCAUUUUUUAGAAAAUGAAAGCACCGUAAGUAAUGGGUCUGAUUUAUAUGAACAAACGGAAUGGAAACCCCUGUGGAUCAUUUCAUUACAGUAUUUAGUCCCCGUGCAUUUCUGGCUGGUGCUUUUUGGGAGAUGGAUCUUGGGUACCACUUCGCUACAUAAAGGAGAGCGUUCUAAAGUUGUGUCCCUGUAUAGAUUUGUACCCCUCCAGCAUGAAAGAAGCUCCUGAGAUGUUGAAAAGAGGAGAAGAAAAGGCUGUGAUUUUUUCUUUCUCCUCCUAUACCUCACUGCUUAGUAGCAUCUUUCCUGAAAGGCUAGACUGUGACCUUUCAGGAAAGAUGACUAGGAAUCAGGUCAGAACGUUAAGUAUCAAAAUAAAAUAUUUACACUUUGCAGCAUCAGCUAUUUUUCAAGUAAUACCUAAAAUUCAGCUUACGUACUUGGACAGAGCUAAAUUUUGUGAGUAGACUGUAGCUCAGCUUUCGGAGAUUUUCAGAACUACAGUACUUUUUAAGGAAUAGGGCUCCUGAAAAUUGUAAAAAAUGAAAAAGCAAAAAGUAGCCGUCCUUAUAUAAAGAACUUUACAAAAUGGCUUGUUGACAUGUAGAUAAUGAGCACGUCGUUUCUAAGAAGCUUGGAGAAGGUGGGCAGAGUCGUGUUGAGUAUUUGUGAGCUCCUUCUUGCUUGAUUGGGAAGGACCUCGACUCACUGAGUUUUAUUAAUAGUACUUACUUCUAAAAUCUUUUAAACUUAUUUUUUAAAGUAGAUUUUCUUACUUUUGGGGAUCAUAAAUGAGGAGAUCUUGAUAUGACAGAGUGAAAAAUUUUUAAAAAUGACUCAAAGUAUACACUAAUAGAUUAUAUUUUACUCAAACUUUUAUCCCCAGCCCAAAACAUUUUGUGAGCCCCUGUAGUGGGCCCAGUGCCACUCAGCAGCUCCACCCUCGUUGUUUAGGACAUCCCGUGUAAGCCCUCCCAGAAAAUGAAGACGCGAUGCUGCUCGACCUUUGGAAUAAGUUUUGAAUCUGUAAAGCAGUACGAGCAGAAAACAAAACAUUGUGUGACGUGUUUUAAGCAUUAUUAUAAGUCCUGCGUUAACAGUUUGUGUGUCUGCUGCUCUGGUUUUGAAACACAUUUGUAUAUAGAUAUAGAAGUUGACGUAAACUUUGUUAAAUAAAGCAACUGUAAAGUG